AUGGGCAUCUACAUGGUGGACCUUCACAGGCCGGGCCAUGCCGGGCCCCGCCCGUCCCGCCGCGGUCUCGCCUCCGCCCGGCCCUGGCCGUACUGGCGGUGGCGCUGCUGGGCGGGCAUCAGUGCCUGGUGCGGGGGCGGCAUCGCCGCCCUUUGCCUCUGCCUGGCCCAAGCCUGGCCGCGGCCCCGAGGCAGGCUCCAGUCCCGAGCCCGGCCCCGGCCCCGGCUCCUCCCGGGGCCCGCGGAGGACACAGGCGGCGCGGCCGCUGCCGCCGCCUCCGCUGCGGCUUCCCCAGCCCGAGCUCCGCCGCUCGGCAGCGCGGCCGCCGGCCCCGAGCCUCCCGUGCCGCGUUGCGAGGAGCGAAGGCCUGGGCAUGGCUGGUCCGGGGUGGCUGAGGGGCGCUCGGGGGCCGUUGCUGGCCCCGGGCCGAGCGCUGACAGCCGCGUCCCGCCCGCAGGGAAGGCGCACGAGGCCCUGCAGGAGCGGUACCGAGUGGGUUCGCUGCUGGGGCGCGGAGGAUUCAGCAGCGUCUUCGCGGCCACGCGGCUCUCGGACGGCGCCCCGGUGGCCAUCAAAAGGGUGCCACGGAACCGCGUCCGGCACUGGGGCGAGCUGCCCGACGGCAGCAGGGACCCGCUGGAGAUCGUGCUGCAGGCCAAGGUGUCCACUGGCUUCCCUGGUGUGGUGCAGCUGCUGGAGUGGUUCGAGCUGCCCAACCACAUCGUUAUGGUGAUGGAGCGGCCAGAGCGGUGUCAGGACCUGCAACGUUUCAUUGAGGCACGGCGGUUCCUGCCCGAGGAGGUGGCGCGGGCGCUGUUCCGCCAGGUGCUGGAGGCCGUGCGGCACUGCACCAGCUGCGGGGUCCUGCACAGGGACAUCAAACCAGAGAACAUCGUGCUUGACCUGGCCACCGGGCAGGCCAAACUGAUCGACUUUGGCUGUGGCACCUACCUGCAAGAGACAGCCUACACCCACUUUGCAGGAACACCGUCCUACAGCCCCCCGGAAUGGAAUGACUUUGGCUGGUACCAUGGCGAGGCAGCAACGAUCUGGUCCCUGGGCAUCCUGCUGCACCAGAUGGUCUGCGGGGAGCACCCUUUCAGGAGGGGCCGGAACCUCAGCUGGGGCCAGCUCCCGCUGCCACAAGGGCUCUCUCAAGAGUGCAAAGAUCUGAUCAGGUGGUGUUUAUCCGUGAACUCCUUGGACAGACCCACAUUAGAAGACCUGUUCUCUGAUCCUUGGGUGCAGGAUAUUCCUCUGCCUAGAAGAAGGGAAAGAGCCACAGGCACACUUUCAUGCAGGGCCCUGGCGAUUGUCGCUGUAGCAUUGCUGGUGGAGGAAGCCAAGAAGGCAACCUCCGGCGCACCAUUGGUAGCAUUUGCACCGCACAACGUGCGGGACAUACUACAGCAGAAGGCAGACAAAUGGCUCACUGAUGCUAGAUGGCUGAAGGAUGAGGCCAUUUUGAUUCACUCGCAGGAUUUGGAAUUGAGAACAACGACCACACAGAACCCUGCACAGUUUUUGUUUGGGGAAGCUUCAGAGGAGCUUGUUCAUGAUUGCAUGGAGGUGGUUGAAUUACAAACAAAGAUCAGAGAGGAUUUAGAAGAGGAAGAGUUGGAUGAAGGAGAGAAGUGGUUUGUGGAUGGAUCAAGCAGGGAAGCCAAGACCAUGGCACUGAUGACGGUGAAUACCCUGGAGAUCAAAGGGACUGAGGUCCCAGAUGAUCCUCCACAGCCCUCUCAAGAGGAGAUUGAAUGUUAUGAGAAGAUUGGAGGAAAAUUGAAAGAAGCCACAAAUCUAGGAAUCAUUGAAUUAGAUUCACAGGAGUGGUUUCAGAUUUUUCAGAACAGCGUGCGUGGAAAGCUUAGAUCAAAGGCAGAGAUUCUGGAUGUGGAGUGCCGGAAAUCAAUCAAGGUACUGUGCAGCUCAGAUGCCGUCAAGGUUUCACGACUGAUCCACUCUGUCGUACAGGGAAUGCAGAUAGCAAUAGUGCCCGUGGACCCGGAGUUGGCUUCCGGAAGCAACACACCUAAGAUCAUGAGCCUGGGAGAAAAGAAGUAUGCCAGCAAUGCUGCCAAAGCCUGCGCCAAGCUGAACCCCGUGCAGCCGCAAUGCUGA